AUGGCGAGUACCAACGCUUUUCCCUGCUGUGGCAAGGACUCGGUAGAGAUCGUGGAAAAGCCGAAUGACCUCAUGUAUGACCGGUCCCCCCGCCAUGAAGUACAAGAUGAUGAAGCAGAGAUGGAGGCAGAAUUGCUAGAGCAGGAGCCCCCUCCCCAAGAGGACCCGGACCUAGACCCAUGCCCAGAGUUGGAGGAGAACCUCAAGAUGAAGCCAGAGCAGUACCAGGCACCCAUACCAAAGGCUGAGCUGGAUGUGGAGCCCAAGUGGAAGAUAGACACCCUGGAGUCCUGCAGUGAAAGCUCUGAGCAGCAGUGCUACGGGAUAGAAACCAUCCAGCCCACCAUAGAGUUUGUGCCGGCAUUGCAGAACUUCAGGAGCUGGAGCAUAAGCUCAAGCACCAGCCACACAGAGGACCAGGAAUCCCCCCUGGUCCAGCAGGACAAGGUGCCCUUCCCACAUCGCUCCAUCCAAGCGCAGACCUCCAGGCACCUCUUCUGGGCAGACAAGUUCAUCCAGGCAUCAGAGCACAGCCUGCAGCAUGAAGCUGAAAUGCAGUGCAACAAGAGUGGCACACAGGAGACCACCAGCCUCCCAGAGCAGAAGUCUGUCCCCGCUGCCCAGCCAACUCUCCCAGUCAUAAUCUCCCAGCCACCAGUAAGCCCCUGCCUAUCCUCCUCCAGCCUCCCGCAGACCAUCGGCUUAGCAGAUCUGAUCAACUUUGCAUCUUCCCUAGCCAUAGCCUCCUGCAGCAACAUUGACUUGCCCAGGUUGGAGCAAAUGCUCAAAACACCCCGGAAGGCGGUGGAACUUUCUACUGAGCCUGCAGGGCCUUCUGCAAAGCCCAUCCAGUCCUCUGAGAAGGAGCAAGAGCCGUCAGAGAAAUUGCCUAAAGUACUGGAGCUUCAGAAAGCUUGGUCCCAGGAAGACAGAAACUUCCCUCAUCCUUUCCUAGACUUGAGCAAGUCUGGGAUCAAGAGAGCCACCAUUGAAGGAGAAGUGAAGUUUCUCCAGCCACCAGCAAUGUCUCCCCAGCUUGGGGAAGCCAAUGAAGACUCUGUGCCUCCAGGAUCCAAGAAAGGGAACCCAUUAUUGCUGAAAAUCCACUUUAAGCUGCUAUCCCCUAAACCCCAGAGAAAUCACUAG